ACUUGAAGACGAAACAAUGUAGUUAAUAAAUUGUUCAUUAAAUAUUAUUAUAAUUUAUUUAAUUAUUUGUUCAGAAUAAAAAUGGAUGCCUAUAAACAUAAAAUUUUAAGUGCCUUCAAAAUUUUAGAUAUUUAUGGAUGGAUGGUUAAUUCGUAUGUUUUGGAUGUAUUUGUAUGUGACCUUAUGAAUAAAUUACCUCAAUGUUGGAGGUCAAGCCUUCGUGAUAUUGAUAUUGUAGAAUUAGGUGCAUUUUUAGCUGGAGAACAAACAAACAGAAUGUUUGCAUUAUCAACAUUGGCAUUGCGUGCAUGUCUUAAGUAUAUAAAUUUAUCUCGAGUACCUGAGCAUGCGCUAAUCCAGAAUAUUCCUUUGCAACCAAAUGAAUCAGAAUAUUCAUACUUGACACAUCCUAAAUUAAAAAAUUUAUUUUGUAAACAUGUGAAGCAAAAGAAAAGACAUGAAAUAAUGAAAAUGGCUGAAGAGUGUUUCAAAACUUGUAUUGAAUUGAAAUGUGAAUAUCUUAUAGAUUUUGGGUCAGGAGUGGGUCAUUUAGCUCGUGUUUUAGCCUAUGGUUACAAUAUUAAUGUAUUGUGUUUAGAAGCUCAAAGUGAAUUAAUCAAUCAAGCAAAAAAAUUAGAUAAAGAAAUGGAAAUUACAGCAUCAAAACAUUUGAGUAAGUCUUUUAUGGAUUCUAGAAAUGGAUCUCCACGAUAUUUAAAUAUGACAUUAGAUAAUAAUAUUGACACUGAAGAAUUUUUAAAAAACAUAAAAUUGCUUUUCAAUUUAAAUAAAAAUACUGUAAAAUUUGGAAUCAUUGGCUUGCAUCCAUGUGGGGAUUUGAUACCAAUAAUGCUUCAAUUGUUCGCUUUAUUGCCAGAAAUAAAAUUUGUUAAGGCUGUUGGUUGCUGUUAUAUGAAAUUAUCAACAUUUGAUAGAAAAUCACCUGAAAAAGCUCAUGGUUAUCCAUUAAGUGCCUUUUUAAAGUCUAUACCACACGAGUUAAGUUAUUCAGCGAGAGAAGUUGCUUGUCAUGCUAUAGAAACCUAUUGCCAAAGGUUGAAGAAAGGUUUAUACAGUGAUUUGCAGGUUCACUCAUAUAGAGCUGCACUAGAGGAACUUGUCAUAAAAUACUGGCCUCACCUUAAGCAUUCUGGAAUGAGAAGUAUUAAACAUAGUAAUCAGCUUUCAUUUAAAACGUACUGUGAAGUGGCCACUUCAAGAUUAGGAAUAGCAAUACCAGACGAAGAUAUCAAUUCUGAAAGUACUUUAAAAAAUCUGUCAGAAUGGAAGGAUGUUGUAAGAUUCUACUCUUUGAGACUCCUUUUGGCGCCACUAGUGGAGACUAUUAUAUUGUUAGAUAGACUGAUUUUUCUUGAGGAACUGGGUACAAUUUCUGAUAUAAUACCAGUAUUUGACCCAAUUUUAUCACCGAGAAAUCAAAUCUUAACUGCCAUUAAACCAUAAAAGUAAGUUAGAUACUUUUAAUAACUUAAUUUGAUAUAAUAAAAUUAUAUCUGACUUUGAAUCUAAAAUAUUUUGAGGUCAAUUUUAGUGUCUACAUGUAUA